AUGCUGGCCGCUGCGGAGUCCGGGGCUCGCCGCCGGGCGCUGCGCUCCCGGAGGAGGCCUCCGUGCCCCACCCCGGAUGGAGGAGCGGGGGAGAGGGGUUCCGGUGGCACGGGCCUGGGAGAGCGUCCUCAACAACCCUUCUGCUCGCUCGGGGUCCAGUCCUUCCCGAGGCAGCUCUGGCGCGGUGGGCCCCGUCCUGCCAGGGUCCCAGGUCCUCGGAGCUGGUGUCGGGCAGCGCCCCGAGUCUCCUGA